UAUCAUCUCACUAAGUCACACUAAACCAGACUUCUGGAAAGCUGAUCAUCCUUGCCUUAUGGGACUGUUUAGCGCGCUUCUAGAGACACUCUCUUUCACUUCCCCGGGCCCCGGGGAUCAGGGCCAUGGGUCUACCGGUCAAUCUGUGGCGGAGGCUCUCAGCUGGGCCACUUUCUCUUUCUCUGCCUCUCUUUUGUUUUCUGUAUUAUUUGAUUUGAUUUGGUUUUUUUUUUAAACCCCAUCUAUGUGGUGUGGGAGGGAUAAUAUUC